CGCACAGAACGCAACUCAUAAGCUUUACUCCAGCUUCAUUCGCUUUAUGCAGAUCCGGACAGACCCUCCAGUAGACUUGCGAUUGCCCCAACAUUAGCUGUCCAAGCUUAUCACCACCCCGAUCAUCAACAAAAUGUCCUCAGCCCUGCGUCCCGUCCUCCGGGUAGGCCAACUACCUAGCCUACCACCUUCGACUGCCUCCACCACGUAUAUCUGCCAGUCAUGUCGGCACGCUCGUCUCCUCAGACGGCCGAAACGACCGUACACGUUUACUCAGCUUGUGACUCUGUCUGAUGGAAGCGCAUUCACGAUGCGAACCACAUCCCCAGUUCCGGUCUACAGAUCUACGCGAGAUACAAGAAAUUCACCACUCUGGAAUCCGUCCUCAAAAGAACUGUUGAAUGUUGAGGAGGACGAGGCAGGAAGAUUGGCUGGUUUUAGAGCACGUUUUGGUUCAGGCUUUGACAGCGUAAAAGAGUCCAAGAAGGGUCACGAAACAGCCGACAGUCAUACAGCUUCAGUGACGCCUCCGUCAGAAAUCAAGAUGGCUAAAGAGAUCAAAUUUGAGGACGAGCACAAUGACUUUUCAGAGGAAGAUUUUAAUAUCCUGGACAUGAUCAGUUCUUUUGGCCAGGAAAAUGCGCAACAAGGCCAAGCAGCUUCUUCCAAGAAGGGCGGAAAGAAGUAAAGAGUUAGCGAUGUCUGUAAUAUGGAACGGGGCAUGUAUAUUAUGGAGAUAACUGCAUCGGCAAGAGGUACUUGCAACGGCCAAGCUACUGAGAUUUAGCAGAGAUACCCAAGAAUUC